AUGGCUCUCAGCGGGUGUAUUUCCCGACAGUUGCGCCAUGGGAUGCUUAAUAUGAGCAAAGGAAGGCUGCCUCAGACUGCGGGACGAACAUUUGUUUCACAGAGGAAGCCACUGUUGAACCCCAUGAGCCCAGUCACACGACAAAUCCGCAGCCUCACACAGUCUACGGCAGGUGCAGCGGCAGCAUCGCCACAGCUGGCACCGAAUGCGCAGGCAUAUCUGGCUAGUGGAGCUGUGGACACUACCAAGAAGAAGACGAAUGUAAAGAAAGUGCUGGUGAUUGGAUCUGGAGGAUUGGCGAUUGGACAAGCUGGAGAGUUCGACUAUUCCGGAUCUCAGGCACUGAAGGCGUUGAAGGAGGAGGGAGUGCAGUCCAUCCUGAUCAACCCGAACAUUGCUACGAUUCAGACGGCUCACGUGCUGGCGGAUGAAGUCUACUACCUGCCAGUCACUGUGGAGUACGUCAGACAUGUGAUUGAGCGCGAGCGACCUGAUGGCAUCUUCCUCUCUUUCGGUGGGCAGACUGCAUUGAAUCUUGGCGUCAAUUUGGAAAAGAUGGGCAUUCUGGAAGAGUUUGGUGUGCAAGUCCUCGGUACCAGUGUCAAAACUCUGGAGACCAGCGAGGACCGAGACAUGUUUGCCACAGCUCUCAAGGAGAUCGAUAUCCCAAUCGCUGAAAGUAUCGCCGUCAAGACCAUCGACGACGCGCUUUCUGCAGCCGAGACAGUCGGGUACCCUGUCAUUGUUCGUGCAGCGUAUGCACUUGGUGGCCUGGGCUCUGGCUUCGCGGACAACGCAGAAGAGCUCCGUAAUCUUUCCGCCCGUUCGCUUACUCUUUCGCCUCAGAUCUUGGUAGAGAAGUCUCUCAAGGGCUGGAAAGAGGCCGAGUACGAAGUCGUUCGAGAUGGCAACGAUAACUGUAUCACUGUCUGCAACAUGGAGAACUUCGACCCUCUUGGAGUUCACACCGGUGACAGCAUUGUCGUCUCACCGUCUCAGACCUUUAGCGACGAGGAGUACCAUAUGCUCCGCACUGCAUCUAUCAAGAUCGUCCGUCAUCUUGGUGUCGUUGGUGAAUGCAACGUUCAGUACGCUCUACAGCCUGAUGGUCUUGACUACCGUGUCAUCGAAGUCAACGCUCGUUUGUCUCGAUCUUCUGCUCUUGCUUCUAAGGCUACCGGCUACCCGCUCGCGUACACUGCCGCCAAGAUCGGCCUCGGAUACGAUCUUCCUGACCUUGUCAACGCUGUCACCAAGACUACCACGGCCAACUUCGAGCCCUCGCUGGAUUAUGUAGUCACGAAGAUCCCUCGAUGGGAUCUGGCGAAGUUCCAGAAUGUCGACCGUUCCAUCGGCUCAUCCAUGAAGUCUGUCGGAGAAGUCAUGGCCAUUGGCCGUGUCUUCGAAGAGAGCUUCCAAAAGGCCAUCCGACAAGUCGAUCCGAAAUUCCAUGGCCUACAGGGCGACCACUUCGAAGACUUGGACGACGUCCUGAAAAAUCCUACUGACCGUCGCUGGCUUGCUGUUGGUCAAGCUAUGCUCCACGAAGGCUACACUGUCGACCGCGUCCACGAACUGAGCAAAAUCGAUAAAUGGUUCCUGUACAAAAUCCAGAACAUCGUCGACUGCACUCACGAACUCGAAGCCAUUGGAUCGCUCUUCGGCGUCAAGAAGGAGUUGAUGCUCAAGGCCAAGAAGCUUGGCUUCAGUGACAUACAGAUUGCGAAAGCUGUCAAUUGUACUGAAGAAGAGGUUCGUGCUCGUCGGAAGAACUUCGGUAUUCGUCCUUGGGUCAAGAAGAUCGAUACUCUUGCUGCUGAGUUCCCGGCUGAGACAAAUUAUCUUUAUACGACAUAUAACGCUUCGAGCCAUGAUGUCGAGUUCAAGGAUCAUGGGAUCUUGGUCUUAGGAUCUGGUGUUUACAGGAUCGGCAGCUCGGUUGAGUUCGAUUGGUGCGCCGUCAAUACUGUCAACUCGCUCAAGGAUAUGGGGAAGAAGACUGUGAUGAUAAAUUACAAUCCCGAGACAUUUUCGACAGAUUUCGACUGCCCUGACCGCCUGUAUUUCGAAGAACUUAGUUAUGAACGUGUCAUGGACAUCUAUGAGCUUGAGUCUGCUUCUGGUGUUGUCGUCUCCGUUGGUGGCCAGUUACCGCAGAAUAUCGCUCUCAAAUUGCAGGAGACUGGGAAGGCAAAGGUGUUGGGCACCGAUCCCAAGGACAUCGACAAGGCUGAGGACAGACACAAGUUUUCACAGAUUCUCGAUUCCAUUGGCGUCGAUCAACCUGCCUGGAAGGAACUCACCUCAUUUAAAGACGCGCAAGAUUUCGCGGAAUCUGUCAGCUAUCCUGUCCUGGUUCGUCCGUCUUACGUCUUGUCUGGUGCUGCUAUGACCGUCAUCCGGACCCCUGAGGAGCUCGAGGAGAAGCUCGUCGCGGCCAGUAGUGUCUCUCCCGAUCAUCCCGUCGUGAUUACCAAAUUUAUCGAGGGUGCCAAGGAAAUCGAUGUCGAUGGUGUCGCCUCCAAUGGCAAGCUUCUCAUUCAUGCCGUCAGCGAACAUAUUGAACAAGCUGGUGUUCAUUCUGGCGAUGCAUCUCUCGUACUUCCACCCACCGACCUCUCUAGAGCGAUCUUGGACCGCUGCAAGGACAUUGCUGAGAAGGUCGCAAAGGCCUGGAAGAUCACUGGACCGUUCAACAUGCAGAUUAUCUGCGCCGAGAAUCCUGAUGGUGGCGAGGAAUUGCUCAAGGUCAUCGAAUGUAAUCUUCGUGCUUCGCGAUCCUUUCCCUUCUCCAGCAAGGUUCUUGGUACCAAUUUCAUCGAUGUCGCCACUCAUGCACUUGUCGACAAGGAUGUGCCGGCGCCCGUGGACCCGAUGAAGGAGCAACGUGAUUAUGUCGCCGUCAAGGUGCCACAAUUCUCCUGGACUCGUCUGGCCGGUGCUGAUCCUUACCUCGGCGUGGAGAUGGCGAGUACAGGCGAAAUGGCUUGCUUUGGCAAGAAUUUGAUCGAAGCCUACUGGACUGCGAUGCAAAGUACGAUGAACUUCAAGAUGCCGGAGCCGGGGACUGGUUUACUCUUUGGUGGUACGACUGAGACCCCGGACCUUGCCAUCAUCGUCGACUACCUCAAUCCUCUUGGCUAUAAGUUCUACGCUGCCAAUAAUGAGGUGAAGAACCAUUUGGAACAGGGCAGCAAAGAUGGCAGUGUCAGUGUUGAGGUCAUCGAGUUCCCUAAGGAAGAUAAGAGGGCACUGCGAGAAGUGUUCGAGAAGUACAACCUCAAGGGUGUUUUCAACCUUGCGAAGAGGCGGGCAAGUAGCAUGGUUGACGAAGAUUAUGUCAUGCGCAGGAAUGCAGUUGAUUUUGGUGUGCCUCUGUUCAUGGAGCCCAAGACCGCAGUACUGUUCGCACAGUGCAUGAGCGAGAAGCUGCCAAGAGCAGAAGGCAUUCCGCCUGAAGUUCGCAGUUGGAGUGAAUUCAUCGGUGGAAAGCCAUUGUAG